AAAGAAAUCAGAAAUUUCUACACUCUCCAUUCAUUAAUCACUGACCUGGGGACUGAACAAAUGCGCAAGUAUUUUAUGAUAAACUGUAAGAAAAAAGACAAAGACAAGGUCGGAAAAUUCUUGUUAUCCCAGAGACAAGACGGUGCCUUAAAGUGUGUGGAUUUUGGUGAUCAAGAGACACAAAUCUUCAAAGCCGAUGUUGAUAUCAACACGUUCGAUAUUACUAUCCUAAUGACUUUGAUCCAACAUUGUUGCAGUUCUAAAGGUGACUCAAUUUGGAAAAAGCCACCAGAUGAUAAAGACAAAUCACUACUUGCAAAUUUGAGACGCAUACAACUCUAUAAAGAAACUACACUAGACUGCAGCCCCAGCAACAGAGUCACAAACGUGGAAUUUGACAAGCAAUGGUAUGAACUUACAACAACAUUUACAUGUAUUGGUGUUUCUGCUGAAGACAUUGAAAAAUAUCACAAGCUACGCGUAGAGCGGUCAGUUAGAGGUUUUGAAGAAGAAAGUGUUGAAGAAAUAAGAAAUUUUCAAGUUCUUCAAGCAGUUGUUAUUGAUGUUGGAACUGUAGCAAUGAGAGAGUACUUUUUAGAGGUUGCUAAUCGAAGGAAGACAAAACAAAGCCAAGUUGCCAAACUGGAAAAAAAAGAUGUGGGACAAUAUCUUAUAAAUAUGAAAAGCAAUUUUAAAGUAAAACUUAAUCUGGAGCAAAAGAAAAAAAUGUUCACACCAAAUGCUGAUAUUGACACGUUUGAUAUUACUAUCAUGUAUUUAAUCAUUCGUAACUGCUGUAGCAUCCCCGAUUCGUUUUGGGAGGACCCACAAAAACUGUCCAAUGUGGUGGAAAUCCAUCGCUACAGGAACACCCUCGCGCAUUAUCCCAACUGUAGAGUGUCAAAUAAAGACUUUGAAAUCCAAUGGACGAAAGUCAGAUCAAUGCUGCACAAUGCAGGUGCUCCUUUCCAAGACAUCGACAAAUAUAGAGCGCUUAAAUUUAUAAACUAGAAGACAGAUUAGCCACAAAGUACACAUGAAACAAUGGCUGGGUCUCGGUAGAGAUCCUUUUUCAAUAGCAACAGCUAAAAUGUAAACGUAAUUGUAAAAAGCCAGAAAUGGAACCAGAGUUCUUGGACUCAAACACUACGAACAUCACUGAUUUGUGUAGUCUAUUUCGUGAAUACUUACCUGGAUAAACCGAAUAAUUGCCAGUGUAGCAUCGAAAAGUCUGAUAAAGGCGUGAUCAAAGGAAAACCAACGUGGAAAACAUACUUACCUAAAAGUGUUGAUUUCGAAACUGUCGAAGCCACUGGUGCCUGGGACCCCAACACAACACAUCUCGCAAAUAGUACGACAAGAAGGUAAUUUGCGAACGCCACCAUGCCGCCAAGCAAAUAUAAUACAAGCAUGUCUUCCAUAAGAAAGAUUAAAUCUCUUCUAGCAACUCGAUUUAACAAUGGUAUAUGCGGCUGAACAUAUGACAGAAGUCACAAACUGAUGAGACAUCAUGAUGAAGUGACUUGGGACGAUUAAUGUACUGUACAUCAAGGUGCUGACAGGGAACCAUCUUAUCCUCUCGUCCCCCUCCCCCCGCCCCAGAAUAGAAGGACUAUAAUAAGGAUGGGGCGAAUUCGAGCAGUGUUUGCGCUUUCGAGAGAAAACACGCUCUAACUAUACGCCGCCUUGCUCAAAAAGAAUGUGGCCUGGCCUCAGGCUCAAAGCAUGAAAUCUCACCCCGUCGUUAACAGGAGGCAACUGCCACCCAAGAAGGCCUUAAAUGGUAAAAGACGCAGAGCUCAGAGGCUUCAAUGGUGGUCGAGUGAGAUACUCAAGGACGUCGUCCCAACGCUAACACUAUGUGAAUUGAAAUAUAGUGCGCACCUGCAGACAUGUCUCAUACAGAUAGUGUAGCAACCACUUCCCUGACACCUGUUCUGUGGUGGAGCAACCACCCCAACCGGACAGGGAGGCGUCCACUGAUAUGAAAAUAUCCGGAGUUGAACCCAGAAAGCUUUUUUUCCUUUUUAACACGUUCUCCCUGAGCCACCAUCUUAAGUGUUUUUAUAAAUGAAUUCAUGGGAAUGGCCUUUGAAAGAUCCCAGGACGUAGGGGAAAAGAACACGAGCAGAUGCAACUGCAGCGGGCUUAUUCAAAGACGGCA